AUGUUAACUAUUCCACGUGAAUCUAAUUUGUUUAAAUAUACUGAUGAUGAUUAUUAUCAUAAUCCUCAUAGUAACUCUUUAAUUAAUUUCAAUACUAAUCAUCAACAACAUGUUAUACAACAUCAGAAUAGUCAAUCAACUCAUACUUUUCUAAAUGAUCAACCAGAUAUUGAACACAAAUCCAUUGAAGUGAUUGAACAUGAAUAUUUAAAUAAAAAUAUCAUCACUAAUACAACAAUUAAUAAACUAAAUGUUUCUGAAGAUAGUCGAAAUUGUUUAACUCCAAUAGUAUCUACCAUAACAUUAACUAAUUUAGAUCAAAAUCAUCAACAUCAUUCUGAUCUUCAAUCAAAUCAGUCAGUAAUUAAAGAUAUUUCCUCUAUUAUUACUUCAUCAUCUUUAGAUAUAUCAGGAUCGAAUUCCACUUCAUUAUCAUCAUCAUACAUUGAUUAUAGACCAUCUAAUAGUAAUAUUAAUGAAAGACUUUUUCAUACAAGUGAAUUCUCAAACAAUAUUCAUAAUAAUAAUAAUAGAUAUCCAUUGUAUAAUUUACCAUUUUCAAUGGAAUAUUGUUCCAAUAAACUUAUUCAACAAAAUGAUGAAUGGAAUAGAAUUUUUACUUCAGAGAAAAUGUUACAGAAUACCACUACUAUAAAUGAAUGUUCAAAAGUUAAACAAUCAAAUGAUGUAUUAACCACAAUAAAUUCCGUAUAUGAUGAUCAAACACUUUAUAGACAAUCUUCAUUAAUAAAUCAUCAACCCCAUGUUCAAUGUAUCAAUGAUUAUCAGAAUUCAGUGUCAAAAACAAAUGAGUUUAACACAAGGUAUUCAAAUUCAGAUCAACAAAAUAACUCUUAUAUUAAUUACUAUCUCCACAAUCAGAAUAAUGAUAUUAUUGAUCAUAAUAAUAAUAAUAAUAAUAAUAAUAAUAAUAAUAAUAAUAAUAAUGGUAAUAAUAAUAACAAUGAGUUGGAUAAGAAAGAAGUACAAAUCAUGAGGAAUAAAAAAUCCGAUUUCAUUUUAAUACGUCAGCGUAAUCGACGUAAACCGCGUAUUUUAUUUUCACAAACACAAAUUUACGAAUUAGAACGUCGAUUUAAACAACAACGUUAUUUAUCCGCUCAAGAACGUGAACAAAUGGCAAAUAAUUUGAAAAUGUCAGCACAACAAGUAAAAAUCUGGUUUCAAAAUCGUCGGUAUAAGUUAAAAAGACAGGUCCAAGAUAAAAAUUUAGAAGAAGCUAGUGCAUUACAUCAUCAUUUACAAACUUAUUCUAUACCAUUAUUGCAACAGUCAACGGAAUUAUGUAACCAUGCUACAUCGAUAACUAAUUCGUCAUUAUAUAAUAUUGUCAAUCAGGUAGAUGAUGUUUAUCAUCAAAUUCAAAAUCGUACACGUUUUCCCGAAUUGAAUACGUAUGAAUGGGCAAAUAUAUUUUCUAAAACAUACAAUAACAACACUACAACCUCUGUUACUACCACUGAUAUUACAAAUAAUAGUAGCAACAACAUUUCUUAUUCAAUCGAGUCAGGAUUUUCAAAUCCAUUGAUUAAUUCAGAUAAGACAUUUAGUUCUUUAACUAGUUUCAAUGAAGAGAGAUCUACUAAAUAUCCAAGUCAGUUCUUAUCAUUAUCUAAUUACUCAGAUUCAAAAUCAUUGCCUCAUCAUUUCAAUGAGAAUACUGUUACAGAUUUAAGCUUUCCAACUCAUGAAACUAGAUCAGCUUUACCGUCACUAUUACCAUUAUCUAGAGUGCAUCAAUUUCAUCUAGAUUUUGACUUGACAAAUGAAUCUAGCUUUUUAUCAACACAUAAUGAACAGAAAUUCAAUCAUCCUAAUACUUCAUUAUCUCAACUUGAAUAUACUCAUGAACAGAAUAACUCUGAUGAUAAUAAUGUUAUGAGUCGAUUUACAAAUAAUGUUGAUGUCAUUGAUAUUAAUCGUAAUAACAGUGUUAAUAACAAUAAUUGCUCAUAUAAUAAUAAUAAUAAUAAUAAUAAUAAUUCUACAGAAGUUCUAAACUCUAACUCUUCAUUAAACAAUGUAACUCCACAACUAGAUUUAUCAGUUUCCUUUUUGAAUAAUUUCAAAAAUCAAUCAAAUCAAUCUUUCAAUAACUUUGUUCAUUCUGAUCUUUAUGAUAAUUAUUUUAUGAUGAAAAAACAUUUACAAUCCUUAACAACUUCUUCACAAUUCACAUCAACAAUUACUACAAUAACUACAGGAUUUCCAUUAAUUUCAUCAACAACAUCUAUCACUACUCAAUCUUCAAUAAUCACAGAUAUACCAAAUACAACAGAACCAUAUAUGAAAUUAGAACAAUUAAAUCAUAAUCAUAAUUGGCUGCCAAAUCAUUUAUUAUUUACAUCAAAUUUAUCAAAUCAUUCUAAUAAUGAAUUCAUUAGAUCAACAAUGAAUGAUCAUUCUGAAUCGAAUCAUACUACUAAUAAUAUAUUACCAUUAUCAAUAUAUAAUGAAGAAUUAAAAGAUAAUACAUUUUCAAAUUCUAUAAAUAAAAUGAAUUUACAAUAUCAAACUGUAUUGAAUGUAGCUAAAGCUGCAUUUCAAUAUGAAAAUUUAAUUUUAAAUACAAAACAACCGCUAUUUACAAAUCAUACAAUUUUAAAUAUAAAUGAACAGAAAAACAAUGAAGAAAUGAUUGAUUAUCAUAAAAAACAAACUAAUAACCACGACGACGACGACGACGAAGAAGAAGAAGAAGAAGAUGAUGAUGAAUGUAUUGUUUAUCAUGAAUACCAAUAGGAUUGUUGUUCUUCUUAUUCAUUAGAUCAUUUUAUUCAUUGAUUCAUUCAUUGAAAAUUGAAUAAAUCAGGGAUAAAUUUAAAUGUUUAAAAAAAACAAACAAUUAAAACAAUCUAAUAGUUUGAACAAGUCACAUUCAAAUCUUUUUCCACUUAUUGGUGCUUUUGUUUUCCUACUAUUAAAGUCAUAAUCAGAAAACAAGUUUACUUAUAUAUAUACAUAGUUAUCGAUAAUUACUAUUGUUGAUAUUAUUAUUGUUAUUAAUAAUUAUUCUUUACAUGGAAUUUGUUUAAUUUUUUAACUUUCCUUACAUGCUACUACUAUUAAUACUACUACUACUACCAAUACUACUACUAAUACUACAAUUAGUGAUAGUACUCAAUGUAUACAUUUAUUUGCUGUUUUAACAUUAUUGAACUGGAUCAUUGACUAUAAUUAAUGAUAUAAAUUGAACAUUGUCACCGAUGGUAAUUCAUUGUUCCAUACAUUAAAAAAGACAACAACUGUGUUUGUUUAAAUUAUUAUUAAACUAACAGGGUUGGCUAAUUUAGUUUAUUUUCUAUAGUUAUACUCCUUAUCCUUAUUACAUUUAAUCCUAUUCGUUCUAUUUCGAUUAUUACUUUUAAUAU